UCGUCACUCUGUCAGCAGAGAGGAAAUGGGGAGGCGAAGCGGCCUUCUCGACGCUGCGAGUGUUCGCGCUCCAACAUUUUAACUCAGUUUACCGAACCGACGUUUACAUGGUGGACUAAGGCCGAGUUUGCCAGAGCCCAUGGAGCCCCAUGAGGAAAAGCCCAUCAUCUACACGAUGGAGAACAAACCUAUAGUGACGUGUGCCGGGGACCAGACACUCUUCACAGCUCUCUACAGCAUGCUGGCACAGCAGCUGCCUCGAGAACCGAUGGAGUGGAGAAGGUCUUAUGGUCGUGCUCCAAAGAUGAUCCACCUAGAGGCCAACUUUGUGCAGUUCAAAGAGGACCUGCUUCCUAAAGAGGGGAACAAAGCUCUUCUCACAUUCCCUUUUCUGCACAUUUACUGGACUGACUGCUGCGACACAGAGACGUAUAAGGCGACAGUGAAGGAGGACAUGCAGCGAUGGCAGAAUGUGCUGCGACUGCACGGUUCUACCGACUGGCUCAUCGUGGUGGUGGAGAGUGAUGGCAAGAAAAAGAACAAAACCAACAUCCUGCCCCGCACCUCCAUCAUGGACAAGAUCCGCAAUGACUUCUGCAACAAGCAGAGCGACAGGUGUGUUGCUCUGUCAGACCCCCUGAGGGACUCGUCUCGCUCACAGGAGUCGUGGAACUCUUUCCUGACGAAGCUGCGCACUCUGCUCCUCAUGUCCUUCACCAAAAACCUGGGACGCUUUGAGGACGACAUGCGCACAUUGCGGGAGAAACGCACCGAGCCUGGCUGGAGCUUCUGCGACUACUUCAUGGUCCAGGAGGAGCUCGCAUUUGUGUUUGAGAUGCUGCAGCAGUAUGAAGAUGCGCUGGUCCAGUAUGAUGAGCUGGAUGCUCUCUUCACCCAAUAUGUGCUCAACUUUGGUGCUGGAGAUGGAGCCAACUGGCUGGGUUCAUUCUGCCAGCCGGUGCGCAGCUGGAAUGGACUGCUCCUGCGAAGGCCUAUAGACAUGGAGAAAAGGGAGCUGAUCCAGCGAGGUGAGGCGAGCCUACUUGACCUACGCAGCUACCUCUUCUCCCGCCAGUGCACACUGCUCAUCUUCCUGCAGAGGCCUUGGGAAGUUACGCAGAGAGCGCUGGAGCUGCUGCACAACUGUGUCCAGGAGCUGCGCCUGCUGGAGGUAUCAGUCCUUCAGGGGGCACUGGACUGCUGGGUGUUCCUCAGCUGUUUGGAGGUGCUGCACAGGAUCGAGGGCUGCUGCGAUCGCUCCCAGCUAGAGGCAAACUUCUCCCACACUGUGGGCCUUUGGACAUAUGCUACUGAGAAGCUGAAGUCUCUAGGCUACAUGUGUGGUCUUGUGUCUGAGAAUGGGCCCAACUCUGAGGAACUAAACCGCACUGUGGACCUGCUGGCAGGCCUUGGGGCAGAGAGACCAGAGACAGCGAACAGUCUUCAAAGCCCAUAUAAAAAACUCAAAGAAGCCUUGUCAUCGGUGGAGGCAUUUGAAAAACACUAUCUGGAGCUGUCUCAUGCUGCUCUGGAGAUGUACAGAGCCAUAGGCAGAAUGCGUUCAGCUCGGCUGGUAGGGAAAAGCCUAGCUGAGUUCUACAUGAGGAAAGGUGACCCCCAGACAGCACAAACUUUCCUGCUGGACUCUCUGAAGUCAUACACGGCAGAAGGCUGGAGCUUGCCGGUGACACACACACGCAAGCAGAUUGCUCAGUGUCAGAAACAACUCCAGCAGACGGAAGAUUACCUGCAAACAAGUGCCCUGCUGGCCAGUGAUGCCAACCUGACAGACGAGGAGAGGAAGCACUACUGCCAGGAAAUUCUCACCUUCGCUAACCAGGCAUCUGAAGGCAAAGACCAGCGCAUGGCUUUAAGCAUGAGUGCAUUUGCUCAGCUGCGGGAGCUACGUUUCCGGCCGGCCACAGCGACAGUGCACGUGGGUGCCUCCCUGCAGUUAGAACUGCGCCUUUGCAGCCUGAUGCCUGUUCCCGUGCGGCUGGAGCAGCUGGCGGCCAGUGUCCAUUUCACACUAGAGCAGCCGGGCACACGGGCCGGCCCGGCAGGCUCACAGCGGCGCCCGGGGGUCAGCCCAGACGGCACCGUCACGUUCCCUGCCACGAGUCCCUCUUAUGGGUCACCGCAGGCCUCGGCUGCUCCUGCCCUGGAGCUCUAUGAGAUGCAGGACCGCAGCCCCUCAGACAACGCCCUCAACUCCACUGGUGUGGUGUGCAAGAACGUUCACCUGCUGCUGCGAGGAAAUGACAGCACGUUGUCCCUGGACACACCCAGCGCCUCAGCCUCGGCUCUCACCAUGGAAGACGGAGCGCAGAUGCUGAAGACCAAUGAUGUGACGCUGUUGCCUGGCAACAACAGCAUCGUCUUCACUGCACCGAGUAUGAAGCCAGGCACCUACACUCUGCGGCAGUUGUGUGCUACAGUGGGACGAGUGCAGUUUGUGUUGCCUCAUAUUUAUCCCAUUGUGCAGUAUGACGUCUACUCUCAAGAGCCUCAGCUGACCAUUGAGCCAUUUACAGAGAGCCUGCUGGCAGGGCUCCCUCAGCGGGUGAAGUUCACAAUCGUAACUGGACACUAUGCGGUGAAGAAGGGUGAUGCUCUGCAGCUGAGUAACUCUCCCUCCAUGCCCAUCCUGCACUCUUCCUCUUGCUCUGCUCGCAUCCUCUCCAGCACUGGAGAGCUGGUGGGUGAAGCUGCUCUGUCCAUCCAGGCCUCUGAGAAGGUGACGAGCAUUUCUCUGCCUGUGACUCCGCCCUACCACACCCUGGAGUUCCAGCUGGAGGUGCUUUGCCAUAUACCAUCAUCCCCGGCGCGGGCCGAGAGCGAGCGCCUUACCAACGGAGAGAUCCGCCAUCGGCCUAAGAGCCGCACGCGCUACAACAGCGGCAUGGCCUCCAUCGACCAGAAGGUGUCUAUUGACUGUCCCUGGUCUAUAUACUCCAUUCUCAUAUCCCUCACCUUCUACACGCCCUUUAGAGCCAAGCACUCGCUACAGUCUGCUGGGAAAAGGAAGUACAUCCAAGUGUGCCUCCAAAAUGUAUCAGAUACAAACUUCCGGCUGGCCAAUCAGACACUCUUGGAGUGUCAGCCCACACCUUCACUUGAGCUGCUCUCUCUCAACGCUAAAACCCACCAGCUGGUGUACAGUAAGCAGUGCAUGUACAGUCUGUGGGAGAUGAAGUGGAGCAGCGAGCCGCCGCCAUGUUUGCAGUGUGUUUUUGCUGCCAGCUUCUCACCUGCUGAAGCUCCAGACUCGGCGCUCAAACCGUACAGCUAUGAGUUCCAGCUGGAGAGAGUCUCGACACUAUACAGUAUGAAAGCUGAGAUCCAGCCUGCUGUGGGGGAACAGCAGUGUCGUGCUGGCACCCUCUGUCGGCUUGAGGUGUCAAUCACACGUCUGACAGAACCCAGUGAGUCUGAGAGGGAGGAUGAGGAGGCCACAGAGAGUGAGGGCCUCCGGUCGACCAAACUCAUGUAUGAGGUGGUUGAUAACAGCAGUAACUGGGCAGUGUGUGGAAAGAGUUCAGGGUUAGUGUCCAUGCCAGUGGCUGCCAUGGCAACGCACAAAGUUCAGAUGGAGGUCAUGCCGUUGUUUGCGGGCAAACUGCCCUUCCCCAGCAUCAAAGUGUUCAAGUACCUGCCCCACAGCGCACUGCCCACAACCCAGCCUGACACAGACUCCUGCCUGGAGAACGACAACCUCUCCCUGCUGGACAAAGGUCUUGAGGACCAGGCAGACACAGCCAGCCUCCGAAGCCGAGGAAGCGUCCACUCCCUGGGCAGCGGUGAGCAGCAACAGCAGCAGCAGAGGAGUGUGCCCAUGCCCAGGCUAGAGCCCUUCAGCCCAGGGCAGGUGUUUAACUGCAGUCUGGCGCGCCAGGUCCUGGUGCUGCCCAGCACGGACGACCACGUGCUAGAGGUCAACGUCACAUGACACCCAUGGAAAGCCCCGCCCCGCCUGGUCCUGGACCCUGGUUUCUGUGAUCUGAUUGGACAGGAGACAGGGGAAGGGAGGGGCUCUGGUGUGGGGCAGUGGGGCAUCUCUGGACUCGGUGGGCGGACGUUGGACGUCGGCCCGGCCUGAACAAGGAAACACAAAAAAACAACUCAUCGCUGGAGCCUGAGAAUCCAUCUGCUGUCUUAUAGUUUCUCUAUUAUUCGUCUAUUCUAUUCUCUGCUCACUCUAUACUGGGAGGUAAUACCAGACUUGAAAGCCCCCAGUCUCUCUCUCUCUCUCUCUCUCUCUCUCUCUCUUUCUUUCUUUCUUUCUUUCUUUCUUUCUCUCUCUCUCUCUCUCGCUCUCUCUCUCGCGCUCUCUCUCUCUCUCUCUUUCUCUUUCUUUCUUUCUCUGUCUCUCUGUCUCUCUGUCUCUCUCUCUCUCUCUCCUCCCCCCCAGUCAGUGAGCAGCCUUGGACUUCCCAUGAUGCCUUGCUGCUUCUUGCUUUCCCCAUUUCAAACUUCCUCCGGAGGAAGUCUUCAUUACUACAACUGUGACCGAGUCACGCUAACUGAGACUCUCUGUCUCUCUCUCUGUCUCUCUCUCUCUCUCUCUCUCUCUCACUCACACACACACACAUACAGAUCUUCACAGCAACUUCUGUGGAAGAGUUGGCAGACAUUGUGACAGUGUACGUAUGCGUUGUGGGAUGUUGAAUAUGGUUUACUGUGUCUGACCCCAGGCUCACAUGCAUGUAUGCACUCCAAAACAAGAUCGAGGCCUGCGAUUGGCUUAGGAGAAGGUGAAAAAGAAGAGGAGGGGUCAAGUCCUGCUGGCUUAUUUGCCGUUUAGGAAUCGCCAUGCUUGCUCAUUCUGCUUCAUCAUGCUUUCCAGUGUUGCUAUAUAUGUGUGCACUCUUAAAAAUAAAGGAGCCAAAAAGGGUUCUUUGGAGCAAUGCAGUGCCAGCUUUGGGUCCCUCAAGAACCUUUCAAGGAUGGUUCUUUAAAGUUUUGUUAAUGAGGUGCGUGUGGUUUAAAGAACUACAUAAUGUAAAAAUUCUACUUCUAUAAGAUUUAAAGGUUUUUCUUAGAACCAUACAGAACUGUAAAGUCAGAGACCACCUUUCAUUUCUCUCAUUUCCUGUCAAAAUUGUCAUUAGGUACAAGUUAUUCAUUCCGUCAAUCUAAGGGGGAAAAGCAAAAGCAUGUUUAACCGAACUUUACACAGAGGCCUGAACAACUAAGUACAUUAUCAGUCAUUAUUUAUUGUGUCCCCUCUGACUUUAUUACAACUUCCAUUCUUUUCAGGAGACAUGCUUUCAGUUUUUCAAAGAAAACUGCAGGGAUGUUUUUGCACACUUCCAAAGUUCAGUCUUAGAAGCUGGUUGCAUUUUCUGCUUCUCACCAUCCAAGUAAACUCAGUUAAUUAUGUUGAGGUCUGGACUCUAGGGUGGCCAGUCCAGUUUUCUGAGAGCACCAGCAGCUUUUUUUCACCCUUUUUUUUCUCAGUGAGGGCCUCUUGACAGCUACACAUCCUUUCAAACUGUGCUGAGUUGUCUUCUCACAGUGGAAGGAUGGACAGAAACACCUGUAGCUUGAUCUUCUCCUCUGGUCAUCUAAAAUGGACAGUUUUGGUGGUCUACCAGGUCUUAGAAGUCCCAUCUCUGUAUCUUUUUAAUUAUUUUUUGAACUCCAGUUUUGGAAACACCCUUUAUUCUGCAAGUGGAAUAUCUUAAAUCUAAUUUCCUCAGAAAUGUCCCCUGAAAAAUGACUAACUUGUACUGAAUAGCUGUUUUGACAGGAUGUUAAAUAAAUAAAAGGUGGUCUCUGAUGUUAAUACUGUAUAAUACUAAUACUAAUACUAUUAAUACUCUCUCAAUACUGUAUGUCCAAACCAAGAAUCAUUUAGGAACCUUUAUUUUUAAGAGUGUGUGUACAUCUGGGAAAGGGGGCAAAGUAGCUACAGCAGCCCUCCUGUUCACACACACUGUCCUGCCUCUCGCUGUGUACAUAGUGUUAAAUACCCAGAUAUUACUGAAUGAUGAAUCACUGUUAUGACUGUAUAGGCUGCACCAAAUACGGUUAGAGGAGAAGUCGACUUAAUGCAAGUAUGAGUCUCUGAAGCUGAAGAACUUAAUUAUUCUUUCUAGCAAACUAUAUUUUGCCUUAUUUUUUAUGUUUUUCAUUUAAAGCUCUGCUUAUUUUGGAGGGAAGAGGAUGAGACGCUGCAGGUAAAACAGACUCAAACUUUACUUCACUAUCAGGUGCCGCUAUGUCCUGAUAGAUCCUCCUUAUUCAGUUUAAAAAAGGAAGGAUGUAGCUUCACCUCUGUAGUGAUUUGCACACAGGUCUGGAAAUAGUUUAAAAGUAUUUUUUGGUGCAUCAGAUGUUGUGUUGCUAUGGCAACCCAUAAUUAAUCGCUAUGUGAGUAAUCAUGGCAAAUUGAGCUACGUGACCUCAGAACCAUGUCUUACAGCACUGGUGUGGAUUACCAGCUUGGACAGCUUUAAGCUUUUUCAGGAGUCGAUAUAGGAAUUCUCUAUGCAGUUCCAGAUUUGAUUGCUAGAGCUCACUAUUUGCCACUUUUACAUCUCCAACAGAACUUUAACUUUGUGUGACAUUCCAAUUACGCCUGUUUGACAGCACUCCUGAAAAUGGCUAAGCACAUAAUGCCAGUCAAUGAGUCUAUUUUUGUACUCUGGUGUCAGUGUGAGGUUUACGUCUGCUUGCUCUGUGUGUUUGAGUGGGGUAAAUGUACAACGCUAAGUGAGUUGGGUAAUUUAGCAAAAGACAAAUGAGGACUUGGGGGUGAAACAAAGUGAGGCACAUGUCCCACAGUGCUGUGGAAGUGGGUUAAUUGUGACAGACUUCAGCCAGAGGCUGAGUUAGGAGGGAGACAGUAAUUGCGACUUUGCUGCAGCUGAGCGUCAAGGUGUUUGGUUUGAGGUUUUUGUGCACUAAUGAUGAGAAGGGCCUGUGAAGGCUAAAGGCCUGAGGCUGUGCUCCAAAUAGCAGGAAGCACCCAGUUCCCUACUUUGUAGUGCACUAAAUGAGUAACUUGGUUUAGGUUGGGUUAUUGUCACUCCUAAAUAUGGGAAAGGGGGAAAAUGAGAGAGAGCGAACUUUGAGCACUUGUUUGAGAUAAACACAUGUAAGCAAAUGUAUCCGGAUGAGGGUUCUGGUUGUGGUAAAUGUUUUCUGGCUGUAUUUAGUGCUGUUGGUUUCUGGGAACUGGUCUGGAAAGUAAGAACUGUAAAGAAUGAUUAAUACUUGCCGCAUUAUUGCUUGUACGUGUGCGCUUUGUUGCAGAUCUUAUGAUUUUCAUGUCUAGCUACAGUAUUUAUUUUGUGAAUAAAUUGUUCUGUCUCACAUGAAUUAUUCAGGGGUCGCAUGUGUUGAACUUCAUUAAGAGUGAUGAUGUAGGAUCAGUUGUUUUCCCCCCCUCCAGUCCUGAUGUAUGAUUAUAUGGGGGGGGGGGUCAUCCUAGCUGAUCCCAGCACUCUUAUGUGAUGCUCAGCUGCUCGAUACAUAUGGGAGGCCAUCAGGGGAGACUGUAGCCUUUCAGUUGUCGCUCACUCACACUUCAGCAGAUGGACUUUUGGGGCUACAUCAUGUGAAUCACUGGGUCAGCCAACAAUGUCAAAAUAAUUUUCACAGGCUCUUUGUAAAUUAUUCCAUCUGUUGAGCACCACAGAUUGUAUUUAGAUUAAUUAUUUAAAUUAAAAGAAUAUGUACGCAUUAUACAAUUGAAAAAAUAUACAUAUGUUUU